GAGGCGGUUCUCCGCGAUUUUGGUAUUUUUAUUAGUUUGCUGUGUUUUUGGUGCCCAUUGUGUAGCCCGGUGCAUUUUUUUUUUUUCGUUGCGUCGUUACUGUGCAGGAACGCCAGGAAGGACUGUUUGACUUUUGCUUUCUUCUGCGACUUUCGGAUUUUCCGUCGACUUCUGGUCUUUUCUGCAUAACGUUUUUUUUUUUUUUUCUGAAGAUCUUGAAGAUCUCACAAGUCAGUCCUUUGCUUUAAAAAUUUUCAUGCAGUUUUCCUCUGUUUUGUGAUUUCAUCAUUGAUCUAUUCUGCGUUGCUACUGCAUGACGACUCAAUAUGGCUUUCCGAGCUGUAGAUCUGAACUCAGGGCCGUUGAGAGCCAGUACGGGCCCCAGGGCAGACGACUUGCUAAAGCAAGUAGCUGGUAAAGGUCAUAGAUAUAAGAGUGUAGUGACCAGAGGCUGAAGACAGACAAAAGUUAUGUCAGAAAAAUCAGUAACAAAUCAUUGUGCUUGUUUCCAAUCUCAGCUGCCUGAUUGUACACCAGCAAGUCAGCCUUACCAUCGCCAUCACCUCCCCACCACUGGCAGAUUACAAGGUUUCACCCUUUAUGGAGGAAGAAGAGGACAAGUAGGUGAGCGGGACGGAGGAAUUAACACAAAACUUAACAAUAAUUAUAAAGCAGCACCGCAAGGUUCGUAGAUGUACAUACCACCGUUUCCAAAGGUACAAGGGAGAAAAGCACGUAUCAACAAUUCAAGUGAUGAUAUCCCUUGGGUAUCAUCGUGCACAGAUCGUGCAGAGACCUGAAGAAAUAGGACAAACAAGUAACUUACCUUGUGCCAUGACCUGCAACACAAACAAAUCUAAAAGAAGUGGAUGAAAUAAAAGCUACCAGCAGCAUGCAGUAUCUUUCUCAAUAGUCAAUGAAAAGAUGAAUUAAACUGAAUAUGGUAAUGUGCUGCUGCAAGUCUCCAGUGGUGGGAAGUCAUGUUUGGCACUGGCAGUCUUUCACAUGCCCAGCGGCUUGUGGUAGGAGUUUUGCUGCUGAUCUUUGUUGACUUUAUUUGGGUCGCUUCAUCAGAGCUUACAGAGUAUAUCUUCAAGGAUGCAAACUAUAAAAAGCCCUUCUUCACCACCUAUCUCAAGACAGUUAUGUUCUCCAUGUACCUACUUGGAUUUAUUUUCUGGGGACCAUGGCGGGAACAGUGCAGAAGGGUGCGAGAUAGAAAAGUGACUCAGGAUGCUUUGUCUGUGUCACCAUCUGCAGAGCCAGAAAGCCACAUUAGUGACCCUAUUUUUGUACCCAUCAAAUUUGACAGCCACAACAGUGGGACAGAAUCAGAUGAUGCUGGAAAUGGCGGAAGUGGAAAGUCAGUUCGUUUUAGUAACUUGUCAGAAGUCAGACAGUUGUCAGAGGAGCAUGCAGAGGAGGCAUUGUUAUCCAGGUUAUCCUACCAGGCAUUUCUAAGAGCAGAAGAGGAGCGCACGCAUAUAGGCAGCAAGCUGACUGUGAAACAAGUUGCUAGACUGGCUUUUAUUUUCUGCAUUGUGUGGUUUUUUGCCAACUACACAUACCAGAUGGCGCUGCUUGAUACUGAAGCAGGUAUUGUGAAUGUGUUGGCCUCAACAUCAGGCCUUUUCACCUUGAUAUGUGCUGCCAUCUAUCCAAGUUCUCAGGUUGAUCGCUUCACUCUAUCAAAGCUGGUUGCUGUUCUUAUCAGUGUUGGGGGAGUGGUGAUGGUUUGCAUGGCAGACUUGAAACUGGAGGAUGAGGUUCCAGCUGGAGCUCUCUGGGGCCUGGGCAGCGCUAUGCUUUAUGCUUUCUAUCUGGUCAUGGUGCGACGCAGGGUCAAACAUGAGGAGCAGAUGGACAUUCCAAUGUUCUUUGGGUUUGUGGGCUUGUGGUGUGCUUUGGUGUUGUGGCCAGGGUUUUUCAUCUUGCACUAUUCACAAGCAGAGGAGUUUCAACUGCCAGACAAGAAACAGUGGCUGCUUAUUCUGACCAAUGGUUUAGUUGGAACUGUGUUGUCAGAAUUUUUAUGGUUGUGGGGUUGUUUUUUGACUUCCUCUUUGGUGGCAACACUUUCCUUAAGUCUCACCAUACCACUGUCCAUGAUAGCUGAUGUUGUUGUGGAAGGGAAGAACUUCUCCAUUCUUUUCUAUCUGGGUACUAUUCCUGUCUUCGUUGCUUUCAUUGCGGUGGCCUUUUUGACACACUGGGAAACCUGGGAUCCUGUAUUAGUGGGUUUGAAGAAAUUGCUACACUGUCUUUGUCGGCGCAGAAUUGUGCAGAGGAUACGAGAGCUGGAUCGAGAGCAGACAACCAGCCUGAUCAACGGAGACAGUAGUUGAAUGAGUUGUGUAAUGCUGUGGAUGGCCUGUGCACCACCCACUACUUUAUGGUCUGACAUGUCAGACUACCCAUUGAGAUGUUCCAGGGCUCGUAUUCAUGAAAGAUAUUUACACAGCCUGCUACCCAAGCUGGAUAGAUUGGCUAACCAGAAGUAACAGCUAAAAUCAUGUAUACACAGACCCAGGGUAAGCCUACCAAAAUCAUUUUACCAGCUGGUAUUUUAUCAUAAGUGCCCCUUCUGAUAACUUUCUCCCAACUAGGGUACAUAUAGCAGUGAUAAUGAUUUAGUUCAACUAAGGCGAGGUCAGAUGUUUUCUAGACCUUACAAAUAAACUGGACUGAUAAAAUGAUACAGAACUGUUUGAUAUACUGUUUUUAUUGAGCUGAUGAUCUUGUAUUGGCAGACACUAUUAAAAAAACUGAAUAUUGUAAUCAACAUGGUAUUUUUGCUAGUACAUGAAAAUUUUUGGUCUGAAUGAAUAAAUUUGACUGUAUCUUCUUUCUUGCUUUUUUGAUUUUUUUAUUUCUCAUUUUAGUUGUAGGUCUCUUGUUUCCCCUUUGACUAAACUACACAUGAAGUAGCUCCCCUUUUCCAGGAAUUCCUGGUUAAGUAACUACAUGUUGUCAGUGGCUUAUGAAUCAGGAGUCAGUUUUCCUGUUGGGUUAACUUAACCAGCUGGUUCCCUACCCAGGUUAGAGCAAUUUUAACUGUGGGCGGACUGCCAUUGUUCAUGAAUACAAACCCAGGACAGCAGCUCAAACUUUUUUCUGUGAAAUACUUGGAGAUCUCGAGCCAGUAGUACAAGGGGGUAACCUUUCUCCUCUAUAUUUAUGAGCAUCUCAUGACAAAGAUUUUUGUUGAUUAAUGAUCUUUUUUUCUUUGAAUAUGUCGGACAUCCUAUUUAUAAAUUUUUUCAUUGAAUUUUAUGCAGAUCCCAGGACUAUAUAUUUAGAAGGAAUGUUAAGCUCAUGAGGGUGAUGUGCAGCUAAGAGAUGGAAACAUGAAUUUAUUUUUCUCUGAUCCUUAUGGCGUCACUGAAUUUUCCAAGAUGACAUUAACUUUCAUUGUUUAUGUUUUCGAGAUGCUGUGCUAGCCUGUUUCUUUUUCUAAACAUAUUUGACAGCAAUCCUCAUAUUGUAAAUCCCUGUUGGUUAAUAAAAAGUAAAUUAAACCAUGGAUGUGAAUCUCUGGACUGCUGGCAAGAGUUAUGCUUAGCCUUACAUGGAAUUGUAGGCAAGGUCUUUGAUACCCAGUUCAGGAACCACACUAAAAAUUCUUAAUGUCAUCAGUCUAGCUGCACUGAGUUUGCAGGUAGUGUACCUGUAGUGAGUUUGUUGCUUAAUUCUAUGUUUCUUCUUUUGGCAAAAGUUGUUGACCUCCGCUUCCCAGGACUUAAGCCAAUAACCUGUAAACACAACGGAUUAUGAGGCUUGAAAUUUUGUACCUCUGUCAACAUGAGGCCUCGCAUCGUCUGCUUUUCUUCUGCAUGUUGAUAGUGAAACAGCAAUCCCAUUUGAUUAGGAGGUUCAUCCUUGAAGAGAUUUUGUGGGCAAGCAAUCCACAGAUAUAGAUCCAUGUUUAAAAUGACUAACAAGCAUGUUAUAUGUUUGAAUGACACCUCAAAACCUCCCGCCCCAUUAGUUUAUGAAUAACUGAUCUGAUUUCUGCCGUAGCCAACAGAAAAUACUUCAUUGAAUGAUAGAUAUUCUGAUAUCAUAUGGGUGGUAAUCAAAGAUGGGAAAAAUGAUUUUUGGAUUAUUGAUCAAAGAGAGCCAACAAAAGGAGGUAGAGUUUGUUUUUUUGUUUUUUUUUUCCCUCCUUGUUGGGCGUUUUCCCUAUUUAAUGAAAUGGUCAGUGCAAUGUUGAUUGGCAUGGAUGCAAUUUUAGUGUUAAUUUGUUUGGUAAUGUGAGAAAUUAAGAUGAAUUUACUAGAGAUUAUUGUACAUUGCAUUUUGUUUACUUCAUUGUCUGCUGUUGUUAUUGCCUUUGUGAUAUUAUUAAUAUUAUCAUUAUCAUGUUUUGUGAUAAAAAGCAUUUUUGUUUGAACACUAAAAAUGGAUGAUACUCUAAAGACCUGACCCAUAGUGACUGAAGUCUAGCAUAUUGAGUGACUGUAAUUUAUCAUGUCUGUGGAUUACAAGUUAAAUGUUAUUGUAAACACAUGCUGUGCAUCAUGUACAGGUAGUAGUAUAGGAUAACAUCAAAUGGCCUAUUUGAGCAGGAGUCUCACAUUUGUUGCUUAAAAUGUUUAAAGAAUUUUCUACAGAAGUUAUCUUUCAUAUUGAUAGAUGGCUUGCUUAAUUGUAUGCAUUCCAGACUCUUAUUGAACAGAUUUGCUGACUAUUGUUUAUUGCUUUGCAAACAAAAGAGGAGUGGAAAAAAAACCUGUGGUUAUUUUGUUAUGUAAUUAAAAACACAGUGUUGGGAAUAAAAUUUGCUAUGUUGCAGUCUAGUCAGUUUUAAAAAGUAUGGUAGUAGAAAAUGUAGACAUCUGAAGGAGCAUUUAAAAUGUAGGAAAACCUGCCCCAAAAAGAAAAGAGUCAUCACAAAAUAUUUUUGUUUUUGCUACAUUAUUAUGAAAAUCUUUGGAUGUAUAUUUUAUACAUUGCUAUCUGAUGGGAUUCCAUGAAUGCAGGUGCCACAUAACAUUGCUUUGGUCAGUAAUGCACCGCAGCCACAACAGUGGUCCCACAAGAUUGUAAUGGAGCUGGAAAAAAAAUCCUUAUCACCUAAUGAUGUUGUAGUCAUGGUAACAUUAUAGCGCAUGCAUUGCUGACAUGUUUGUGGUGAAGUUCAUGUAAACAAACCUACUGUGCUGCCAGUUGUAUACAAGUAUAAGUAGUUAAGUAUUAGUGUUAGUAAGCAGUUAUGUUUGCACAAAUAAGCUUAUUUCCACAACGAUUAAAAUCCUCUAAUGAGGCAUUUCUCUGCCAUUAAGCAAUGUGUAUCUGUAUUUGUUUAUGCCCAUGUAUAUAUCUUUCCCUUUGGUUCUUUGCUGGGAUUCUAAGGAUAAAUAAUUUUCUUACCCUUUCCAGUCUGUGUAACUGUUAGUGUAUGUUCACAGCGUGUGUAAGUGCCAAGUGUUGAUUAUUAAUAAUAAAAACCUAGUUGCACUUGUUUAUGAAGUAAUUAGUAUUCAUAGUUAUCCUAAAUGUACUUUCAAGCUAAAAUGAUCCAUUUUCAGCAGCAGUGGGAUUUCAUAGUUUCUGGUCUAGAUACCUAAGUUAAGCUAAGAUACGAUAGCUAUGGUAAGACUGCAUGGCUGUUCUCAAAUGGUAAAAAUAUUCUCAGUGUAAAUAUAUAUAUAGCUUUAAAACAUAGGUCUAUAUUGUGUAUUUGUGUAUGGUUAGUUCCUCAAUUUGAGCAUUUGUGCAAAGGUUAGUGUCGACAAGUUUGAUCAGUCCAUAUGUUGAAAUAUUCAGUCAUUCAUUUUUAAGUAAGAUUGAUCUGGGCAUUGUCUGAGCACUGAUACGACAAUUUAAUAGCAUGUACUGUAUUUUUUGUUUUCUAAUCCAGCACAUCAAAAUACAUGUGGUUGGUUCUAAAACCUGAAUACUCCCAAAAUAUUGCGUUUAUUUUAAGCACUCCCAAGGCAAGAAGAAGUGCACUCUUGUGAUAUGUAACAAACCUUCUUGCAUGCUCAUGAAAAGCAAUACUUUCACUGGUUUUUAGCUCUCCAGUGUUAGUAACAGAUCCAAUUAGCAUCAUAUGAUGGGGGAAUAUUGAUGUCUUACAGCAACUUUAUUCUGUCAUCUUACUGUUUAAGCGGAGAGUGGUAUUGUGUACAAAAUAUUUUGCUGCUUGUAUGCUGCUUGUUGGGUUCUUUAAUUCAAUUGUAAAUGAGUGAUAUGCAAUGUGAGUGUAGAGAUUAAAGUGCUUUAUAAGAGUAUACAUUCAUUACAAUAUAUAUUAAAAACAUCAGUUUUUAAGUUGUCCUUUUAUAGAAUUUUCUCUUGCAUUGGAGACUUCCAGUAAUUCUUUUUGUUAGAUAUCAUCCAGAGCAGAUUUUAAUACAGUUUAAUUAAAAAAAAAAGUAAGUUUUCACAGUGAUGCAAUGAUUGCUAAGGGUAUGCAGGAGUGGCAAGAAAAUGAAAACAACCUGCAACUGACAGCAAUGCUGUGAGCAUUUGGCUUUCAUCACUAGUACAAUUGACAACAUUCUCUAUAAAUACUGCGAUUUAUAAGUAAAGGCAAAAUUAUCCAUGUAUUUGCAGUAGUACAUCUGCUGUUUAAUUAAUUGGAUGAUACUGAGCAGUUUUGUGAUACCUUUUUAUUUAACAUGGUUUGCUGAUAGUGUGAGAUGUAUGUUUUGGUAGAAUGCUACUACAUCUUGAUGACUGGUUAAAAUGAAUCAUUUGCACCAAGUUUACAAGAAGACUAUCAGACUUAGAAGGCACUGGAACUGCUCAUCAGUCAAAGGAUCCACACAAAAGCUACAUGCUUGUAAGGAAAAUGUGAGGCGCAGAAAGAUUGAGAGUUUUAAAAAAAUCAACUGUGGAUUGUAGAUAAGGGAUGCAAACUUUGGAAGACACCAUAAUUCAUGCUGCAAACAUAGUUAAGAUUUGGUUUUGGUUUCUCCUUCUAAUGGUAUUUAUUUCCAUGGACCAAUUUUCUUGGAACACUACAUGGAAUUUAAUAAUCCUGCUCUUGUAAACUCAGUAGCAUUCACUACUGAAAAUUUAUUGAAAUGAUGUGUGUUAUUUUCAUUGACAGAGAUGACAUUAAAAUAGCACCUCACAGUGAUAACUUUAUUUCCUUUUCUGUUAAACCUUUGAGUUGACAACGGUGUAUUUUGUGUAUGGUGGUUUGGGAGGGGAGAAAGGUAUGCUCUGUGGAUUGAGUUUGUGUGUAACAGAGAGGUGUUAUGUGUGUUCCAUUUAAUAAAAGUGUUUAACAGAUUUAAGUGUAUGUUGAUCAACAAUUGAUGCAAGCAAAUUUUUUUUUUUUACGGACCCUAUUUUUGUCAAGUUGUGGCCUCAUUACUCCUCCCUCUACCUGAGAAACAGAUUGUGGAGAGAUUACUUUAUUGUGCAGAGUUUCACAAUAAUGAAAACGAUGCUCUGAACCAUGUUUUAUCCCUGCAGCAGUAAAUUGCAUACCAAAUACCAUGCUUUACAGAAAGCUGUGCCUGUCCGCUGUAGGUUGUGAUGCCUUCAGGCAGUUGUAUGGGUAGUUUAGAAUUUGUAAAAAAGUAACUUGAAUUUAUCAAAUUAUCAUAGCUAAUAAUACCAUUGAAACAUGGGGCACACUUUGGAAAUACUCAUUCUGAUCAAACAGAACACAGAAAUCCAGCAAUGUGACCUGGGUUGAAUUUAACAAUUUAAAAAGAAAAUCUCCAGAGAUCAUUGACUAUAAUUCAUGCUAUUGUUGAAAGAUAAAUCUAUAUUGGAACAUUGCUCAAUUUUUCUUGUCUGAAAUAUUUCCUAAAAUUGUCUUUCCUUGCAUUUAUUUUCAGCUUGAAUUACAUGGAGAUUUUUUAUUUGAAACCACACGGUUAUCUUGAUCACAAGUGUUUCAUUAUUUUUAUUUAUUGGGGUCUUUUUUGCUUCCUAAUGCACAUUUUUAUCAUUCGUAGGCAUCAUUUUGUCAGACCUAAGAAUUUCCAUUUGUUCCUAGUAAAAUUCAUAGUUAUUACAAUAUCCACUUGAAAUCCUUGCAGUAACUUUGUUUUGCUUAGCGUAUGUGUAUAAAAAAAGUUAUAAAAAAAUUGAUUGGGUUAGCUCUGACAAAAGAGUUUAAGUGUGCUGACCAUACACUUUCACUGAAUAUUUUUGACAUAUUUAGAAGGCUUAUUUCAGGGAAUAUGUACUCUGAUGUUACUAAGAUAAGUGUGCGUUUAUCUGCCUAUUGUUCUUGAUUGGCUUGCUGUCAUGUUGUAUACCUCUAUAUAUUUUACACAUAGAUAGCAGCACCUAUUACAAUAAUGCUAUGAUACUAGACUGUGUGAUGGAAAUACUGGAUCCCAAUAUUGUGAAGCUCUCAUGUCAGAAUAAGUAAGAAUUAAUCCUUCA